GUAAAGUUUGUCACUAUGAGGUUUCUUAUCGUGUCGUGUGUGUCGAUACUUCUGCUGAUUAAUGGUGAAAUCAUAAAAGGACAAACAACAGAUAUCAGGCUGGUGAAUGGUGGCAGUGUGUGUUCUGGAAGAGUGGAGGUUCUUCAUAAUGGAGUUUGGGGAACUGUGUGUGAUGAUCAGUGGGAUCUAUCAGAUGCUGCAGUGGUGUGUAAAGAGCUGGGCUGUGGGGCUGUUAUAGAGGCAAAGAGCAAUGCUUAUUUUGGACAAGGUUCAGGUCAAAUAUGGUUGGAUGAUGUACAGUGUAGAGGGAAUGAAACUACACUGAAAAACUGUUCAGCACAACCAUGGGGAACAAACAACUGUGUACACAGUGAAGAUGCUGGAGUCAUCUGCCAACAUAUCAGGCUGGUGAAUGGUGGCAGUGUGUGUUCUGGAAGAGUGGAGGUUCAUCAUGAUGGAGUUUGGGGAACUGUGUGUGAUGAUGGUUGGGAUCUAUCAGAUGCUGGAGUGGUGUGUCGAGAGCUGGGCUGUGGUGCUGUUAUAGAGGCAAAGAGCAAUGCUUAUUUUGGACAAGGUUCAGGACAAAUAUGGUUGGAUGAUGUAGCGUGUAGAGGGAAUGAAACAUCACUGAAAAACUGUUCAGCACAACCAUGGGGAUCACACAACUGUGGACACAGUGAAGAUGCUGGAGUCAUCUGCCAAUCUACACCACCAGAGAUAUUUAACACGUCCAUGUCACCAAUUAAAGAUAUCAGGCUGGUGAAUGGUGGCAGUGUGUGUUCUGGAAGAGUGGAGGUUCAUCAUGAUGGAUUUUGGGGAACUGUGUGUGAUGAUCUGUGGGAUCUAUCAGAUGCUGCAGUGGUGUGUCGAGAGCUGGGCUGUGGUGCUGUUAUAGAGGCAAAGAGCAAUGCUUAUUUUGGACAAGGUUCAGGACAAAUAUGGUUGGAUAAUGUACAGUGUAGAGGGAAUGAAACUACACUGAAAAACUGUUCAGCACAACCAUGGGGAUCACACGACUGUGGACACAAUGAAGAUGCUGGAGUCAUCUGCCAAUUUGGCUGGACACAAACAACUGCAGCACCGACUACAGAUACAACAGUGAUAUUGAACACGUCCAUCUCAGGAUUCAAAGAUGUCAGACUGGUGAAUGGUAGCAGUGUGUGUUCUGGAAGAGUGGAGAUUCAUCAUGAUGGAGUUUGGGGAACUGUGUGUGAUGAUCUUUGGGAUCUAUCAGAUGCUGCAGUGGUGUGUCGAGAGCUGGGCUGUGGUGCUGUUAUAGAGGCAAAGAGCAAUGCUUAUUUUGGACAAGGUUCAGGACAAAUAUGGUUGGAUGAUGUACAGUGUAGAGGGAAUGAAACUACACUGAAAAACUGUUCAGCACUACCAUGGGGAUCACACAACUGUGGACACAAUGAAGAUGCUGGAGUCAUCUGCCAAUCUACACCACCAGAGAUAUUUAACACGUCCAUGUCACCAAUUAAAGAUAUCAGGCUGGUGAAUGGUGGCAGUGUGUGUUCUGGAAGAGUGGAGGUUCAUCAUGAUGGAGUUUGGGGAACUGUGUGUGAUGAUGGUUGGGAUCUAUCAGAUGCUGGAGUGGUGUGUCGAGAGCUGGGCUGUGGUGCUGUUAUAGAGGCAAAGAGCAAUGCUUAUUUUGGACAAGGUUCAGGACAAAUAUGGUUGGAUGAUGUACAGUGUAGAGGGAAUGAAACUACACUGAAAGAUUGUCCAGCACUACCAUGGGGAUCACACAACUGUGGACACAGUGAAGAUGCUGGAGUCAUCUGCCAAUUUGGCUGGACACAAACAACAGUAGCAGCAGCUACACCACCAGAGAUAUUUAACACGUCCAUGUCACCAAUUAAAGAUAUCAGGCUGGUGAAUGGUGGCAGUGUGUGUUCUGGAAGAGUGGAGGUUCAUCAUGAUGGAGUUUGGGGAACUGUGUGUGAUGAUCAGUGGGAUCUAUCAGAUGCUGCAGUGGUGUGUCGAGAGCUUGGCUGUGGUGCUGUUAUAGAGGCAAAGAGCAAUGCUUAUUUUGGACAAGGUUCAGGACAAAUAUGGUUGGAUGAAGUACAGUGUAAAGGGAAUGAAACAUCACUGAAAAACUGUUCAGCACUACCAUGGGGAUCACACAACUGUGUACACGGUGAAGAUGCGGGAGUCAUCUGCCAAUUUGGCUGGACACAAACAACUGCAGCACCAGAUACACCACCAGAGAUAUUUAACACGUCCAUGUCACCAAUUAAAGAUAUCAGGCUGGUGAAUGGUGGCAGUGUGUGUUCUGGAAGAGUGGAGGUUCAUCAUGAUGGACUUUGGGGAACUGUGUGUGAUGAUGGUUGGGAUCUAUCAGAUGCUGGAGUGGUGUGUCGAGAGCUGGGCUGUGGUGCUGUUAUAGAGGCAAAGAGCAAUGCUUAUUUUGGACAAGGUUCAGGACAAAUAUGGUUGGAUGAAGUACAGUGUAGAGGGAAUGAAACAUCACUGAAAAACUGUUCAGCACGUCCAUGGGGAUCACACGACUGUGGACACAGUGAAGAUGCAGGAGUCAUCUGCCAAUUUGGCUGGACACAAACAACUGCAGCACCAGCUACACCACCAGAGAUAUUUAACACGUCCAUGUCACCAAUUAAAGAUAUCAGGCUGGUGAAUGGUAGCAGUGUGUGUUCUGGAAGAGUGGAGGUUCAUCAUGAUGGAGUUUGGGGAACUGUGUGUGAUGAUCUUUGGGAUCUAUCAGAUGCUGGAGUGGUGUGUCGAGAGCUGGGCUGUGGGGCUGUUAUAGAGGCAAAGAGCAAUGCUUUUUUUGGACAAGGUUCAGGACAAAUAUGGUUGGAUGAUGUAGCGUGUAGAGGGAAUGAAACAUCACUGAAAAACUGUUCAGCACAACCAUGGGGAUCACACAACUGUGGACACAGUGAAGAUGCUGGAGUCAUCUGCCAAUUUGGCUGGACACAAACAACUGCAGCACCAGCUACACCACCAGAGAUAUUUAACACGUCCAUGUCACCAAUUAAAGAUAUCAGGCUGGUGAAUGGUGGUAGUGUGUGUACUGGAAGAGUGGAGGUUCAUCAUAAUGGAGUUUGGGGAACUGUGUGUGAUGAUGGUUGGGAUCUAUCAGAUGCUGCAGUGGUGUGUCGAGAGCUGGGCUGUGGUGCUGUUAUAGAGGCAAAGAGCAAUGCUUAUUUUGGACAAGGUUCAGGACAAAUAUGGUUGGAUGAAGUACAGUGUAGAGGGAAUGAAACAUCACUGAAAAACUGUUCAGCACUACCAUGGGGAUCACACAACUGUGUACACGGUGAAGAUGCUGGAGUCAUCUGCCAAUUUGGCUGGACACAAACAACUGCAGCACCAGAACAGACAAGAAUCUCUAAAAUCAUAUUAAUAUUUCUGAAUCUUCAUCAAAACUUCUCAGUGAUGUUUGUUUGUGUGUUUAAUGUUUCAGAUACACCACCAGAGAUAUUUAACACGUCCAUGUCACCAAUUAAAGAUAUCAGGCUGGUGAAUGGUGGCAGUGUGUGUUCUGGAAGAGUGGAGGUUCAUCAUGAUGGACUUUGGGGAACUGUGUGUGAUGAUGGUUGGGAUCUAUCAGAUGCUGGAGUGGUGUGUCGAGAGCUGGGCUGUGGUGCUGUUAUAGAGGCAAAGAGCAAUGCUUAUUUUGGACAAGGUUCAGGACAAAUAUGGUUGGAUGAAGUACAGUGUAGAGGGAAUGAAACAUCACUGAAAAACUGUUCAGCACGUCCAUGGGGAUCACACGACUGUGGACACAGUGAAGAUGCGGGAGUCAUCUGCCAAUUUGGCUGGACACAAACAACUGUAGCACCAGCUACACCACCAGAGAUAUUUAACACGUCCAUGUCACCAAUUAAAGAUAUCAGGCUGGUGAAUGGUGGCAGUGUGUGUUCUGGAAGAGUGGAGGUUCAUCAUGAUGGACUUUGGGGAACUGUGUGUGAUGAUGGUUGGGAUCUAUCAGAUGCUGGAGUGGUGUGUCGAGAGCUGGGCUGUGGUGCUGUUAUAGAGGCAAAGAGCAAUGCUUAUUUUGGACAAGGUUCAGGACAAAUAUGGUUGGAUGAAGUACAGUGUAGAGGGAAUGAAACAUCACUGAAAAACUGUUCAGCACGUCCAUGGGGAUCACACGACUGUGGACACAGUGAAGAUGCAGGAGUCAUCUGCCAAUUUGGCUGGACACAAACAACUGCAGCACCAGCUACACCACCAGAGAUAUUUAACACGUCCAUGUCACCAAUUAAAGAUAUCAGGCUGGUGAAUGGUAGCAGUGUGUGUUCUGGAAGAGUGGAGGUUCAUCAUGAUGGAGUUUGGGGAACUGUGUGUGAUGAUCUUUGGGAUCUAUCAGAUGCUGGAGUGGUGUGUCGAGAGCUGGGCUGUGGGGCUGUUAUAGAGGCAAAGAGCAAUGCUUUUUUUGGACAAGGUUCAGGACAAAUAUGGUUGGAUGAUGUAGCGUGUAGAGGGAAUGAAACAUCACUGAAAAACUGUUCAGCACAACCAUGGGGAUCACACAACUGUGGACACAGUGAAGAUGCUGGAGUCAUCUGCCAAUUUGGCUGGACACAAACAACUGCAGCACCAGCUACACCACCAGAGAUAUUUAACACGUCCAUGUCACCAAUUAAAGAUAUCAGGCUGGUGAAUGGUGGUAGUGUGUGUACUGGAAGAGUGGAGGUUCAUCAUGAUGGAGUUUGGGGAACUGUGUGUGAUGAUGGUUGGGAUCUAUCAGAUGCUGCAGUGGUGUGUCGAGAGCUGGGCUGUGGUGCUGUUAUAGAGGCAAAGAGCAAUGCUUAUUUUGGACAAGGUUCAGGACAAAUAUGGUUGGAUGAAGUACAGUGUAGAGGGAAUGAAACAUCACUGAAAAACUGUUCAGCACUACCAUGGGGAUCACACAACUGUGUACACGGUGAAGAUGCUGGAGUCAUCUGCCAAUUUGGCUGGACACAAACAACUGCAGCACCAGAACAGACAAGAAUCUCUAAAAUCAUAUUAAUAUUUCUGAAUCUUCAUCAAAACUUCUCAGUGAUGUUUGUUUGUGUGUUUAAUGUUUCAGAUACACCACCAGAGAUAUUUAACACGUCCAUGUCACCAAUUAAAGAUAUCAGGCUGGUGAAUGGUGGCAGUGUGUGUUCUGGAAGAGUGGAGGUUCAUCAUGAUGGACUUUGGGGAACUGUGUGUGAUGAUGGUUGGGAUCUAUCAGAUGCUGGAGUGGUGUGUCGAGAGCUGGGCUGUGGUGCUGUUAUAGAGGCAAAGAGCAAUGCUUAUUUUGGACAAGGUUCAGGACAAAUAUGGUUGGAUGAAGUACAGUGUAGAGGGAAUGAAACAUCACUGAAAAACUGUUCAGCACGUCCAUGGGGAUCACACGACUGUGGACACAGUGAAGAUGCGGGAGUCAUCUGCCAAUUUGGCUGGACACAAACAACUGUAGCACCAGCUACACCACCAGAGAUAUUUAACACGUCCAUGUCACCAAUUAAAGAUAUCAGGCUGGUGAAUGGUGGCAGUGUGUGUUCUGGAAGAGUGGAGGUUCAUCAUGAUGGAGUUUGGGGAACUGUGUGUGAUGAUGGUUGGGAUCUAUCAAAUGCUGCAGUGGUGUGUCGAGAGCUGGGCUGUGGUGCUGUUAUAGAGGCAAAGAGCAAUGCUUAUUUUGGACAAGGUUCAGGACAAAUAUGGUUGGAUGAUGUACAGUGUAGAGGGAAUGAAACUACACUGAAAGAAUGUCCAGCACUACCAUGGGGAUCACACAACUGUGGACACAAUGAAGAUGCUGGAGUCAUCUGCCAAUCUUCAAGAGACCCAUGCUCAGAACUCAACUGUACUCAGGAUGAGUGGUGUGGAGAGAAGAGUGGUGUUUACGGCUGUUUCUGUAACAACAACAACAGCCAUCUCAUAUCCGGCUCUGACAUCUUUGAUAUCUAUGAGACAUGUGAAAACAGCUCUGGGUUCAUCUCUCUGUCUCGCUGUCAGCUCUUUGAAGCUGGUUUUUCUGCUGAUCUCUUACACCUGAAUGACCCCAGCUGUAGAGGAACAGUCCGGAAUGGCAGAGUAGAGUUUAGAUUUGACAACAAUGACCACAUCUGUGGAACAAAGCUUGCGGCCAAUGGCACUCACUUCAUCUAUGAAAACUUUAUUCUCAGUGAUCCAGACUUAACGGGUCAGGAUUUUCCCAUCAGCAGAAAGAGAUUUCUGAAGUUGCGUUUUAGCUGUAUUUACCACCAGACCCAAGAGCUCUCCAUGGACAUCCACCCUCUGGGGAGUGUUGUGAACAGAAACCUUCAAGCACUGGGGACAUAUCAGCUCAGGAUGAUUCCAUAUCGGGACUCCAUGUUCUCUGACCCGUUCACUGGCAGUGUGGAUGUGGAGCUGAAUGAGCCGAUUUUUGUGGAAGUGCGUGUUGAUGGAGUUGACGGUCGUCAGUUUGUUUCAGUGAUUGACACAUGUUGGGCGACACCAGUGAAUGAUCCUCAUUCCUCUUUACGCUGGGAUCUCAUCAUUCAUGAAUGUCCUAAUCCAAAUGACGACACAGUGGAGCUUCUGCAGAACGGCGUCUCCACAUCCAGUCGUUUUUCAUUUAGAAUGUUCACGUUCACAGCAAACUCCACUAUGGUUUUCCUGCACUGCAGAAUUCACCUUUGUCUCCUGACCAACAAUACCUGCUCAUCUCAAUGUUUCCCUGGAAUUCAUCCGAGAGUGGUCAGAUCUCUGGACUUUCACGACACUGCCUCUAUUUCUAUGGGUCCACUGGUCUGGUCUAAAGGAAACGUGCAUGAAGUAAAGUUUGUCACUAUGAGGUUUCUUAUCGUAAAGUGUGUGUCGAUACUGCUGCUGAUUAGUGAUGGCUGGACACAAACAACUUCAGCACCGAGUACAGCUACACCAGUGAUAUUGAAUACAUCCAUCUCAGGAUUCAAAGAUAUCAGACUGGUGAAUGGUAGCAGUGUGUGUUCUGGAAGAGUGGAGGUUCAUCAUAAUGGAGUUUGGGGAACUGUGUGUGAUGAUCAGUGGGAUCUAUCAGAUGCUGCAGUGGUGUGUAAAGAGCUGGGCUGUGGUGCUGUUAUAGAGGCAAAGAGCAAUGCUUAUUAUGGACAAGGUUCAGGACAAAUAUGGUUGGAUGAUGUACAAUGUAGAGAGUAUGAAACUACAUUGAAAAACUGUUCAGCACAACCAUGGGGAUCACACAACUGUGGACACAGUGAAGAUGCUGGAAUCAUCUGCCAAUUUGGCUGGACACAAACAUCUGCAGCAUCGAGUACAGACGGCUGGACACAAACAACUUCAGAACCGAGUACAGCUACACCAGUGAUAUUGAAUACAUCCAUCUCAGGAUUCAAAGAUAUCAGACUGGUGAAUGGUGGCAGUGUGUGUUCUGGAAGAGUGGAGGUUCAUCAUAAUGGAGUUUGGGGAACUGUGUGUGAUGAUGCUUGGGAUCUAUCAGAUGCUGCAGUGGUGUGUCGAGAGCUGGGCUGUGGUGAUGUUAUAGAGGCAAAGAGCAAUGCUUAUUUUGGACAAGGUUCAGGACAAAUAUGGUUGGAUGAUGUAGCGUGUACAGGAAGUGAAGAUACACUGAAAAACUGUUCAGCACUACCAUGGGGAUCACACAACUGUCGACAUGGUGAAGAUGCUGGAGUCAUCUGCCAAUUUGUGAGAGACCCAUGCUCAGAACUCAACUGUACUCAGGAUGAGUGGUGUGGAGAGAAGAGUGGUGUCUACGGCUGUUUCUGUAACAACAACAACAGCCAUCUCAUAUCCCCCUCCGACGCUUUUGAUAUCUAUGAGACGUGUAAAAGCAGCUCUGGGUUCAUCUCUCUGUCUCGCUGUCAGCUCUUUGAAGCUGGUUUUUCUGCUGAUCUCUUACACCUGAAUGACCCCAGCUGUAGAGGAACAGUCCGGAAUGGCAGAGUAGAGUUUAGAUUUGACAACAAUGACCACAUCUGUGGAACAAAGCUUGCGGCCAAUGGCACUCACUUCAUCUAUGAAAACUUUAUUCUCAGUGAUCCAGACUUAACGGGUCAGGAUUUUCCCAUCAGCAGAAAGAGAUUUCUGAAGUUGCGUUUUAGCUGUAUUUACCACCAGACCCAAGAGCUCUCCAUGGACAUCCACCCUCUGGGGAGUGUUGUGAACAGAAACCUUCAAGCACUGGGGACAUAUCAGCUCAGGAUGAUUCCAUAUCGGGACUCCAUGUUCUCUGACCCGUUCACUGGCAGUGUGGAUGUGGAGCUGAAUGAGCCGAUUUUUGUGGAAGUGCGUGUCGAUGGAGUUGACGGUCGUCAGUUUGUUUCAGUGAUUGACACAUGUUGGGCGACACCUGUGAAUGAUCCUCAUUCCUCUUUACGCUGGGAUCUCAUCAUUCAUGAAUGUCCUAAUCCAAAUGACGACACAGUGGAGCUUCUGCAGAACGGCGUCUCCACAUCCAGUCGUUUUUCAUUUAGAAUGUUCACGUUCACAGCAAACUCCACUAUGGUUUUCCUGCACUGCAGAAUUCACCUUUGUCUCCUGACCAACAAUACCUGCUCAUCUCAAUGUUUCCCUGGAAUUCAUCCGAGAGUGGUCAGAUCUCUGGACUUUCACGACACUGCCUCUAUUUCUAUGGGUCCACUGGUCUGGUCUAAAGGAAACGUGCAUGAAGUAAAGUUUGUCACUAUGAGGUUUCUUAUCGUAUCGUGUGUGUCGAUACUGCUGCUGAUUAGUGUUGGCUGGACACAAACAUCUGCAGCAUCGAGUACAGAUGGCUGGACACAAACAACUUCAGCACCGAGUACAGCUACACCAGUGAUAUUGAAUACAUCCAUCUCAGGAUUCAAAGAUAUCAGACUGGUGAAUGGUAGCAGUGUGUGUUCUGGAAGAGUGGAGGUUCAUCAUAAUGGAGUUUGGGGAACUGUGUGUGAUGAUCAGUGGGAUCUAUCAGAUGCUGCAGUGGUGUGUCGAGAGCUGGGCUGUGGUGCUGUUAUAGAGGCAAAGAGCAAUGCUUAUUUUGGACAAGGUUCAGGACAAAUAUGGUUGGAUGAUGUACAAUGUAGAGAGUAUGAAACUACAUUGAAAAACUGUUCAGCACAACCAUGGGGAUCACACAACUGUGGACACAGUGAAGAUGCUGGAAUCAUCUGCCAAUUUGGCUGGACACAAACAUCUGCAGCAUCGAGUACAGAUGGCUGGACACAAACAACUUCAGAACCGAGUACAGCUACACCAGUGAUAUUGAAUACAUCCAUCUCAGGAUUCAAAGAUAUCAUGCUGGUGAAUGGUGGCAGUGUGUGUUCUGGAAGAGUGGAGGUUCAUCAUAAUGGAGUUUGGGGAACUGUGUGUGAUGAUGCUUGGGAUCUAUCAGAUGCUGCAGUGGUGUGUCGAGAGCUGGGCUGUGGUGAUGUUAUAGAGGCAAAGAGCAAUGCUUAUUUUGGACAAGGUUCAGGACAAAUAUGGUUGGAUGAUGUAGCGUGUACAGGAAGUGAAGAUACACUGAAAAACUGUUCAGCACUACCAUGGGGAUCACACAACUGUGGACACAAUGAAGAUGCUGGAGUCAUCUGCCAAUUUGUGAGAGACCCAUGCUCAGAACUCAACUGUACUCAGGAUGAGUGGUGUGGAGAGAAGAGUGGUGUCUACGGCUGUUUCUGUAACAACAACAACAGCCAUCUCAUAUCCCCCUCCGACGCUUUUGAUAUCUAUGAGACGUGUGAAAGCAGCUCUGGGUUCAUCUCUCUGUCUCGCUGUCAGCUCUUUGAAGCUGGUUUUUCUGCUGAUCUCUUACACCUGAAUGACCCCAGCUGUAGAGGAACGGUCCAGAAUGGCAGAGUAGAGUUUAGAUUUGACAACAAUGACCACAUCUGUGGAACAAAGCUUGCGGCCAAUGGCACUCACUUCAUCUAUGAAAACUUUAUUCUCAGUGAUCCAGACUUAACGGGUCUGGAUUUUCCCAUCAGCAGAAAGAGAUUUCUGAAGUUGCGUUUUAGCUGUAUUUACCACCAGACCCAAGAGCUCUCCAUGGACAUCCACCCUCUGGGGAGUGUUGUGAACAGAAACCUUCAAGCACUGGGGACAUAUCAGCUCAGGAUGAUUCCAUAUCGGGACUCCAUGUUCUCUGACCCGUUCACUGGCAGUGUGGAUGUGGAGCUGAAUGAGCCGAUUUUUGUGGAAGUGCGUGUCGAUGGAGUUGACGGUCGUCAGUUUGUUUCAGUGAUUGACACAUGUUGGGCGACACCUGUGAAUGAUCCUCAUUCCUCUUUACGCUGGGAUCUCAUCAUUCAUGAAUGUCCUAAUCCAAAUGACGACACAGUGGAGCUUCUGCAGAACGGCGUCUCCACAUCCAGUCGUUUUUCAUUUAGAAUGUUCACGUUCACAGCAAACUCCACUAUGGUUUUCCUGCACUGCAGAAUUCACCUUUGUCUCCUGACCAACAAUACCUGCUCAUCUCAAUGUUUCCCUGGAAUUCAUCCGAGAGUGGUCAGAUCUCUGGACUUUCACGACACUGCCUCUAUUUCUAUGGGUCCACUGGUCUGGUCUAAAGGAAACUAAACUAGAUACAUGGAUUCGUGAACAAGUGAAGGAGUCUAGUGUCCCAUAUCAGAGUCACUCAAUGUCAUUGACUGUUUUGUUCCUGCAAGUUCCUGCAUUAUAUCUACAAAGGACACCCUUUAAUAACAAAUAUUUACAUAUUAGUUUCCACUCUACACCGAUAACUGGCUUUAAUUAAGGAGUUGAUUUAAAAAUUGUUUAAUGUGAUUGUAAAGGUUUACUGUAAUUCUUAUGCUUUGUUGAUUACAUUUGAUUGUUGUUUCCGACUUUCCUUUUCCAUUCAGUGAUAAUAAUAAAGUUUCAUGUUAUGAUUUA